UAUGUCAACAGAGGCGGAAUAUUUCAACAAUGGCAAAGGUAAUUUUUUUUAUUACUUCAUAGCUUGUUACUUAUAGUUUUUUAGUUUUUCUUACUUUAAUUAAUUUGAGAAAUAUGUAUUUGAUAUGUGUUUAAAGAACUUUGUUAAACAAUACAAUGCUACCAGUCUCUGACUUCAAAGUGUUUUAAUAACAUAACUGAUCAUCAUGGAGAAAGAUUUAUAUGCUAUUGAUCGUUAGAUUUUUAAUAUUGCGGUCUUACGCGAUAAGGAAAAAUAAUGUCAAAUAGUUUUAAACUCACUUCUAGGCUUCACUUGGAAUAGUGGUUGUUAAAGGACAUGUGUAUCCAAUAAUGAAUCCAUACUGUCUGCUUGGAAGUGCUGACGGCUGUGAUGUAAUAGUUAAAGACACGAUUCCGACGCAUUUUCAAAUAGAGUUUAAUUCUGAGAAGCAGGCAUUCCUCAGAUGUUUCAAACCAGUUACUCUCGAUGGACAAGUCGUCAGCGGUGUGGCCCUUCUUCCCGAUGUUGCGGUCAUAUUAAUAAAUGGAAAAGAAUUCCAAUUUCUAAAACAGGUUCUGCGAACAGAGAAAAGAAUAAAACCGGUCGAGGAAGCUCUGAGGUUCGUUUUAGGACAACAUGAUCCUGAAGAUAUAUGCGAAAAAUAUAUCAACGACUUUAUAGGUCGAGGUGUUUUUGCGAAAAAAAUUAUCAGAAAUGGAAAAUUCCUUGCGGAAUACCAUGGCGUUUUAUCCAAAGCUGACGACGUGAAGGACAAAGAUACAAACUACACAUAUUUCUUUGACUUUAAUGGUGUCAAGUACUGCUUUGAUGCCUCAGAGGAACCAAAACUGUAUCAGCCAUCGUUAGGACGGCUAGUAAAUCAUGCAGACAAAAAAAAAACAACAGAGAAAUUCAAGAAUAAUAGUCAUUGGUGCGAAUGGGGUUCUUCAUCUUGUACUGUUUGCGACUAG